AUGGACUGUGCUCUGAAACUGGGAAAUUUGGGAUGCACAGAGGUAGAACCAAUAUCCACCUAUGUAGACUUUGGAGAGAGAGAAUUUUUGGUUGCGGACGAAAGAGGGUACGAUUAUUUGCUGUACAAAAUGGCCGAAGAAUUUCUCUUCACAUCGGAGGGUAGAAUCUUGGACAAUCGUCUCAAACUCAACAAGGGCAGGACUGCUCAGAUUCUCAUGAGAUUUUAUUGUUUUCUGGACUUCAAAUUUUACUACUCCAAUACUUUUUUUCCCUUUGACUGCGUUGUUCGGGAAUUGCAGUAUUCAAAAAGUGGCGUCACGGUGAAAACGGAGGAUGGUUGCGUUUACGAAGCCAAUUACGUGAUUCUGUCUGUCAGCAUUGGUGUUCUACAAAGCGACCUACUCGCCUUCAAUCCACCCUUACCCUAUGAAGAAACCAGUGAUCGCAUGAUCCACGGUAUCAAUGAUCCACAGUCUGGUGUUGGUGGUCUGUUAACCCUCUUGAGAUGGAAAUUGGAAGCCAUCGAGAAAUGUGAUGUGAUGGUGUACACUAAAAUCUUUCUGAAGUUUCCGUAUAAGUUCUGGCCAAGUGGACCCGAAAAGGAAUUCUUCAUCUAUGCUCAUGAGCGGAGAGGCUACUACACAUUUUGGCAGCACAUGGAGAACGCCUAUCCUGGUUCCAAUAUCUUAGUCGUGACAUUGACUAAUGGGGAAUCGAAACGUGUGGAAGCUCAACCUGAUGAAGAGACCUUGAGAGAAGCUAUGGCAGUGCUAAGGGAUAUGUUUGGAUCCAACGUCCCCGAUGCCAUUGAUAUACUAGUUCCUCGCUGGUGGAAUAACAGGUUUCAGCGUGGCAGCUACAGCAACUACCCCAUCAUUUCUAAUCAUAAAGUUUUUCAUAAUAUUAAGGCCCCUGUAGGUCGCAUUUUCUUCACUGGGGAGCACACUAGUGAACGAUUUAAUGGAUAUGUACACGGUGGAUACCUCUCAGGUAUUGACACCAGCAAAGCGUUACUAGAAGAAAUGAGGAAGGAAAAUGAAAGAAAAACUGAGAGCCAAACCCUGUUGUUAGAGCCCUUGCUAGCAUUGUCUGGAUCUUUAACAAUGUCCAAAGCAGAAACUGUCCCAAAUAUCCACAAGUGUGAUAUUCCUACACAAUUAUACCUCAGUGGCAAGCUUGGGAUGCCAGAGGCAAUAUUGUGA